GUGUACGGAGUAGGCUCAUACGAGUCAACUUCUUAAUUGCCUUCUAUACAACACAGCUGUCCUACCUCCAAUCAUCAUUGCCUGAUUGGAAAACCCCCGCAGGCCAGGCCAAAGUCACUACGAUAUGCCGAACACCACCCUUUGACGACAUGGAUUCCCAAUCGUAUGGCACUGCACAGCCAACUGACCAUGCCGGCCGAACCAUAUUCCCCAAAGGUCCCGUCUUCAACCUCGAUGAUUUCUCCAACAAAGAUUUUAUAGCCAAGGACUUUGUCGAGUCCUUGACAGAAAGUGCACAAUCCUCCCAUCGUCGCUCGCAUGGCCCUCCCGCACCAUUCGAUCCCAAACCCUUGAUUCGUACCUUUGAACAGGCUGCUCGUCGCCUCGACGAACUGUCCGGCGAACUCGAACAACGGGAAAACGAAUAUUCGGCGGCAGUGAGAAGGGCCGAGGCUCAACACGCAAAUAACGCAGAGACCUUGGGCAGAAAGCUGAAUUCCACCAUCCAGAGUUUCCAGAAACUAGACACCUCCCUCAAGUCAGACAGGGGCGAGAAAUGGGGCGGUAAUGUCGCCGUGGAAACAGGAAGGCGCUUGGAAGAGCUGGACCGACAGAGAAGGAGGGCUUUAGACGCACAUUUCCUCAUUGAAUGCUGGGAUGAAGUCAGCAAUAGAGGCGAAGUAACGUUACUCGAGAAUUUGCGGAGGUCCGGCACCGGAGAAGGCAAGAUCCGAUCAGCCAGUAUUGCGCGACAGCUGCUCAGGAUCAGCCAAAGGCUGGAUCCUAAAAGCCAUGGACAGCCUAAUGGCGUCAAGCAAAACGGCCCCACGACCAACGGUGUAUCCAGCGGUAGCAAGUUCAACACCCGGGAAGUCAUUGAGAAGUUCAUCGAGACUCUGGAGAACGACAUGCUCAAGCUGUUUGACGACUUCUAUCGGCGGCAGAACUUUGAGGAGAUGAAGAAUUGCGCUAUUGUCUUGCAGGAUUUCAAUGGCGGAGCCUCGGUCCAGGCUGCAUUUGUCAAUCAGCAUCAGUUUUUCAUCGAUCGCAGCAAUUUGGUGACAGAUGAAGUUGGGGGUGACCAGGAUACUUGGAUCCGAUUGUCAGAUCCAGACGCCGAUUUACCCGGUGUCGAACCAGGCUUACAGUCGCUCAUUGAUGAAGUGAGGGUGGUGGUGCAAGAAGAAUCCGCCAUUAUCAAAAGAGCUUUUCCUUUCCCGGAGCAGGUCCUGGGCAAGUUUGUCCAGAGAGUCUUUCAACAGUCGAUUCAACAACGGUUAGAACUUGUGCUUGAAAAGGCCGAGUCAGAGUCUACACUGGCUUAUCUCCGAUCGUUACAGGCGGCUAGAAGCUACAUUAGUCUUCUCGUGGAAGAUCUCAAAUCACAUGGUUUGACAGAACACCCAGAGUCGGUAACUUCGCAGACCAGUCAACUGCUCGAUCAACAAUUGGACGAACUGUUUACCCCUUAUGUUGGUGGCUCGGCUUAUAUCGACAAGGAAAAGCACAAUCUGCAAGAAUUAUACAGGUCUCUCCUCUUCAAAUUCCAACUCUUCCACUCAAGACGGCGGAAAGAGCCCAAGACGUACCUCGCGUCGUUACGAAAUCGCGGGCAGGAACUACUAACCUCAGCGAGAGAAGCUACAGAUGCCUAUGUUAAGAACUUGGAUCUGGAGAAAAUGUCAUCGACGCAGAAAAGGAUAUUGCUUUCGGUUGCUGGUCUGAACAGCUCGGACAACAAAGUCCAACCCGAGGUGGAGUUUUCCGAAGCAGAUGGACGGCUCCAUGUAGCGUUUGCAAGAAGAAUCCUCAAAUGGCUUGCGGAAGGUGUCAGGAGGGGCCUGGAGUUGGGCGGAGGGUCGGAGAUACCCAGGGACGUGGCAGCACUGUUGAACCUGAUCCUGAAGAACCUCUUGACGGACUAUGUCGAAGUGUCUCUGGAGGCAGCUGCGGAUGCGGCGACCACCGCCGAAAGUGGGAAAAAGGAGCCCGAUCUGUCAUAUCUGAGCAGCUUAGGCCUUGCCGUGCACAUCACUCAUCUGGUCCAAAGCUGUAUGAACACGUUGCUCAUUCCGUUGGCUAGUUCGAGCCUGACGACGAAACGAGAGAUGGAGAGGAACAUGAGGACGGCGAUCGUGCGAAUCGAGGAUCAGAUCAAUACGAUCGAGCAGACCAGUGUGGACGCUGUGUUGAACUGGACCACUCGACUAUUGAACAAUCAGGCUCGCACCGACUUUCGACCCCGGGCCGACACGGAAGUAGUCUCCCUGGAGCAAGCGCAGACGCCGACCUGUGACAGCGUGUGCAAGUUCCUUGGCCUUUUCCACGACACUGCAUCGGAGUCAGUGGAUGGGGCCAAUCUGAGCGCGUUUCUGGCUGAGGUGGCCGUGGGAUUCCGGGCACAGCUGGUGGAUCAUUUUAAAAAGCACCAAGUCAAUCGAGUUGGCGGAGUCAUGUUGGCGCGGGACAUGAGCCGCUAUGUUCAAUUGCUGCGGUCCUGGAACCUGGACGAUGCUUUCAAAUCGAGUCUCGAGGUCCUGGCCGAGUUGGCCAGCGUCUUUGUCUUGCACCCGGAUGCGUUGAAGGAGAGAUUGCGAGGUCAGGUGUUGGGCAACAUUGGCAAAGAAAACUUGCGCCCGUAUCUUCUCAAGCGAGAUGACUAUAUGGAAGUCGGGAUGCAGAGUCUGUUGCAUUCACUUUGAGAUGAUGAUAAUAAUGAGUAUGACGCAUCUGGGGUAUAAAUAAAGUUGCUUGUUAUACAAUUCGUGGCGGAGAUGGCUGUCGGCCGAUUUGCCAGAUAUACCCAAGAGUGGCGAUUCCAUUGUAUGCUUGCUUGCAAUGAUACCCGAUACCCUGAU